AUGUCUCAACCCCCCGGAGCCCCUUCAUCAUCUGCAUGGCGUCGCCGCCUCGUCUCUCUUACAAGCCGCUCGAAGACCCCCGAUCCGGCUGCAGUUGCCGCCACAGCUGCAGUUGCUCAACCGCAACGGUCAAAAACGCCAGCCCCGCCAUCUCGCGCUAAGACCCCUGCCCCCACAUCAGGCAGUUCUUCCCACAGGAGAGCCGCUUCUAAUGCCGAGGAUGGCUAUAUGACCGAUGCUGCCUCUCGCCGCAGGCCAGGGGAUUCUCGCUCUCGUGGUCCGCCUACGAUAGCACCUCCUGUUCCAGCUCUGCCACCUACAAUCCAUGCGCCAGCUGGUUCUAGGCAGUCAUUCCAACAAUUCCCAAUUCAUCCAAACUCACAAGCUCUCCGUCCUCCAAGUCGAAACGCAAGUCGAGCUGCAGCCCCACUACCGCCUUUCCCUAUAAUGCACGGAAAUGAUGCCGAAGAACGACCAAAGAAGAUAGAUUUUCUGUCCGAUUCCGAGCAAGAGGGGCCUCCCGAACCAACGGCAGGGUUUAAAAAUCGCGUGCGACGCUUGCCUCGACCGCUGGAUAGCAAGCGUCUCGAUGAGAUGAACCUACUUCAGGGAGUCGCUCUUGCAUAUCCUCUGAAUGUUGGAGAAGAGGCAAGAAGACUGGAGAAAUAUCUGUAUGGUCUAGUCUACCACCGUCUGAGAUCAAAUCAAGUCGACCGCAUUUAUCGCAACGGAGGCCCUUCUUUUCACAAAUGGGAGUAUCCCCCACGGAAAGUUUUGGACGUUGGGUGUGGCUAUGGCUAUUGGAUCCGGGAUGCAAAAGAAUUUUGGCCUUAUGCGAAGUUCAUCGCAUUUGAUUUCCAUCGCCUCAUCCCCGAUCAUUGGGGUGAACAGGUACAAUUUGUGCAGGGUAAUCUACUUGGUGAUCAGCACGGAAAGCUCCCGCGUUCUCUGAUUGCGCAAGGUCCAUUCGAUCUCAUUAGAAUGGCGAAUAUGUCUUUAGCCGUUCCUUGGAACCAGUGGUCAAUUGUGCUCGGCAAUUUACAGGCCUUGUUGUCAGAGCGGGGUAUUUUCGAGUUCGUGGAUGAUGGCUGGUUCCCACCUCUGUUCGAAGAGCAAUGCCCCCGAGACAAAGUAUUCCUACGCUCGUACGACGAAUACUUCGAGAUCAUGCUCGAACGGCGCGGUAUUCGCAGCAGGAACGUGGCCCAAAGGGAUUGGGCACAGAACAUCAUUUCGAUCAUGGAGAAAUUCAACAUGCAGCAUACUUAUUUCAACCACGUGGAAUUGACCACGCUGGCGCCAAGCGACUCUCUUCUGGCAACACGGUGGUAUCGGGCCCUCAAUCUAUGCGCAGACGCCAUUGAGAGCACGUUUACGUCGUACGCUGAUGCAGUCAAUGAGGAGAUCAGUGUCAAUAUUCGAAAUGGCAAGGCUGAGAAUCGUCAACUCAUUCGAAUUCCUUCCUGGGUUGAGGAGUUCCACAACUUGAGAAAUAUCAUCGACAUCACCACAUCCGAAGCAUACGUAUAUAACGACUCCAUAUGGGCUUUCCUGGCCUACCGGCGUAGGACCCGUGAGGAAAUUGCGGCCAAGCAGGCAAGCGGACCGGCACCACCUCAACGGCCACAAACCAGCCUUGCGCGGCGUUAG